GUGAGAGGGGAGCCGGUGGCGGCUCGUACGGGCGGGGCGGCUGUGCGCUUUCUCUCUUGGUCGGCAGCACGGUGCUUUCCGGCUGCCGUCAAGCGCGGCACUGGGCCGGCGGGCGGGGGCCGAGGGGCUGCCAUGGCGGCGGCGGGCCGGCUGCCGAGCUCCUGGGCGCUGCUGGCGCUGCUGCUUGGGGGGCUCGCACUGCUGGGAGUCGGGCCGGUCCCGGCGCGGGCGCUGCACAACGUCACAGCCGAGCUCUUUGGGGUCGAGGCCUGGGGCACCCUGGCGGCCUUCGGAGACCUCAACUCCGACAAGCAGACGGACCUCUUCGUGCUGCGGGAAAGAAAUGAUUUAAUCGUCUUUUUGGCAGACCAGAAUGCACCCUAUUUUAAACCCAAAGUAAAAAUAUCCUUGAAGAAUCACAGUGCGUUGAUAACAAGUGUAGUCCCGGGGGAUUAUGAUGGAGACUCACAAAUGGAUGUCCUCCUGACGUAUCUUCCCAAAAAUCAUGCCAGCAGUGAAUUGGGAGCUGUUAUCUUCUGGGGACAAAAUCAAACAUUAGAUCCUAACAAUAUGACUGUACUCAAUAGGACUUUUCAAGAUGAACCACUAAUUAUGGACUUCAAUGGUGAUUUAAUUCCUGAUGUAUUUGGUGUUACAAAUGAAUCCAGCCAGCCACAGAUAUUAUUGGGAGGGAAUUUGUCAUGGCAUCCUGCGUUGACCACUAAAAGUAAAAUGCGAAUUCCACAUUCUCAUUCAUUUAUUGAUCUGACUGCAGAUUUUACAGCAGAUUUGUUCCUCACGACAUUGUCUGCCUCUAGUACCUUCCAGUUUGAGAUAUGGGAAAAUGUGGAUGGAAAUUUCUCUGUCAAUACUGUAUUUGAAAAACCUCAAAAUAUGGUGGUGAUUGGACAGUCAGCAUUUGCAGACUUUGAUGGAGAUGGACACAUGGAUCACUUACUGCCAGGCUGUGAAGAUAAAAACUGCCAGAAAAGCAUCAUUUACUUAGCAAGAUCUGGAACAAAGCAGUGGGUUCCAGUCCUACGGGAGUUCAGCAACAAGGGCACACUCUGGGGCUUUGUGCCAUUUGUGCAUGAACAACGACCAACAGAAAUACCAAUUCCAAUUACCCUUCAUAUUGGAGACUACAACAUGGAUGGCUAUCCAGAUGCUCUUGCCAUACUGAAGAAUACAUCCGGAAGCAAUCAGCAGGCCUUUUUACUGGAGAAUGUUCCAUGUAAUAACGCAAGCUGUGAAGGGGCACAUCGUAUGUUUAAAGUCUACUGGGACCUGAUGGACCUAAAUCAAAUCAGAGAUGCCAUGGUUGCCACCUUCUUUGACAUUUAUGAAGAUGGAAUCUUGGACAUUGUAGUACUAAGUAAAGGAUAUACAAAGAAUGAUUUUUCCAUCCAUACACUAAAAAAUAACUUUGAAGCAGAUGCUUAUUUUGUUAAAGUCAUUGUUCUUAGUGGUCUGUGUUCUAAUGACUGUCCUCGUAAGAUAACACCCUUUGGAGUAAAUCAGCCUGGACCUUAUAUCAUGUAUACAACUGUAGAUGCAAAUGGAUAUCUGAAAAAUGGUUCAGCUGGACAACUCAGCCAGUCAGCACAUUUAGCUCUCCAACUACCAUACAAUGUACUUGGUUUAGGUCGAAGUGCAAAUUUUCUUGAUCAUCUUUAUGUUGGCAUUCCCCGUCCAUCUGGAGAGAAGUCUGUACGAAAACAAGAGUGGACUGCAAUCAUUCCAAAUUCCCAGCUAAUUGUCAUUCCAUAUCCUCACAAUGUUCCUCGAAGCUGGAGUGCCAAGCUGUACCUUACACCAAGUAACAUCGUCCUACUUACUGCUAUAGCUCUCAUCGGUGUCUGUGUUUUCAUCUUGGCAAUAAUUGGCAUUUUACAUUGGCAGGAAAAGAAAGCAGAUGAUAGAGAAAAACGACAAGAAGCCCAUCGGUUUCAUUUUGAUGCUAUGUGACUUGCCUUUAAUAUUAUGUGAUGGAACAGCUAUUCACUUGAUUAACUGAAAUACUAAAUUUGGCUGAUAGAAGAAAAUAGGGGAUUUUGAAUAUUAUUUAUAAAUGAUGUAUCCUUUGGUAAUUAUUGAAAAGUAUUCAAAUAAAUAUGGUCUGAAUGUGUCACAAGGUCUUUUUUUAAAGCACUUUGUAUACAAAGAUUUGGGUUAUUUAAAUGUGCUGUAUGUUUUGUUCCUUUGUGGAAUGUGUUGCAUGUACUCAGGUGUUUAUG